CAUGCAUCUCAUGUGUUAUUGAGUCCCAAAAGAGCACAGAAACACAUUCCUGCAAAUCAUAGUCAUACCACGAGCGUUCGUCAGACCCUGUUGUGAAGGCUUAUUCCUUUAGAGAACUUUGCCGUGGUCGUAACCUUAUCAGUGAUGGAUGCAGAACUGAUUUGAUUGACAACUCAGCCUAAGCAGAAGUUUAAAAAAAUUGGACUGCACCUCAUUAAUGAAACUACAAGCAAGAACAGCUCCCAGUAGGAGGAAAAGGAAAAGCAAUAACAUCAGGAGGUAAAAUGAAUUGGAGCAGUUGGCAGCCUGUGUUGCUGUGGCUCCUGAGCUUCAGCUGCAGUGCUAUAAGUGAAGAAAAUCAUGCCCAUGAAUCAGUGAAGAAUCACACAGGAGAAAAAACCGAUCUUGAAAAGCAGGUGGACUCUUGCCCUGCUGACUGCGUUUGUAACCUGGAUGGAACUGUGGACUGUGGUGGGGUGGAUCUAAAAGAAUUUCCCAAGAACUUAUCACAAUCAAUACUGCAUCUGUCUUUGCAGAACAAUGCUUUAGAAGUGAUCCCUCUGGAGGAAUUAUCAAGACUGCAGAGUCUGGAGACUUUUAACUUGCAGAAUAACCGGCUUAGUUCUAAAGGACUACCUGAUGAUGCCUUCCAUAAUCUUAAGAAUUUGCGGUAUUUAUACUUGGCAAAUAAUAAGCUAACCGUUGCUCCAAAAUACCUGCCGAAAACCUUGAUUAGUGCGGAUCUUGCAGCCAAUUACCUUACAAAGAUCUAUCCCCUCACUUUUGGGCAGAAACCAAAUCUAAGGUCUGUCUAUCUACAUAACAAUAAACUCACAGAUGCAGGAUUGCCUGAUCAUAUGUUUAAUGCAUCUGAUGGUGUUGGAAUAUUAAUCAUGUCCAGUAACUUCCUGAAGUAUGUACCCAAGAAUUUGCCAAAAGGACUAUUCAGAUUACAUUUAAAAAACAAUAAACUGGAAAAGAUUCCAAAAGGAGCUUUUGAAAACCUUUCAAAUCUCCGUGAACUAUACCUUCAUCAUAAUUAUAUAACCAAUGAAGGAAUGGACAAUGAAACAUUUUGGAAACUGUCAAGCUUGGAAUACCUAGAUUUGUCAUGCAACAAUAUAACUCAAAUACCAAGUGGAUUACCUCGAAAUAUUAUCCUCCUACACUUGGAGAAGAAUGCCAUCAAAACCAUACCUGCUAACUGGUUGACGCAGAUAAAAAAUCUAGAAUACCUCUUGCUUCAUAAUAACAAGAUAAGGGCAAAAGCAAUACACCCACUUGCAUUCAAGGGUCUUAAAAAGCUCCAUACUUUUCAUCUCUAUAACAAUAUGCUCGAAAGAAUCCCAAGUGGUUUACCAAGACGGGUGAAGACAUUAAUGCUUCUCCAUAAUCAAAUUUCAGAAAUUUCCAGAAAUGAUUUUGCUUACACAUACUUUUUGACGGAAUUGAAUCUGAGUUACAACAAACUAACGAGUUCCAAAAUUCACCCAGAAGCAUUCCGGAAAAUGAGGCUGCUUGAAUCUUUGGAUUUUUCUGGAAAUAAUCUGAAUGUAAUACCAAGGAGUCUGCCAAAGAAUUUGCAUAUAUUGAAGCUGAAGGAAAAUGAAAUUAACUCAAUUACUGAUGGCGCGCUCUCAGGAAUGGCAAAGCUGAAGGAGCUCUUCCUGAGUAAUAACAAACUUAAGCUGAAUUCAGUCUAUCCGGGCGCAUGGAAACAACUGUCUGCACUCCAGCUUUUGGAUUUAUCAGGUAAUCAGCUUUCCUAUAUUCCUACUGAUCUACCAGAGUCUCUUCAGUACAUUUACCUCCAGAACAAUCAAAUUUCUGUCAUCCCAGAGAAUGCCUUCGAAUCUACACCUAACAUCAAAGGGAUUUUCCUUAGGGAUAACAGUCUAACAACUACUAGAGUGAAAGGAACAGCAUUUGAAAAGCUGAAAUUCUUACAAGUGCUGGAUAUGGGUGCAUAUACGGAAUCUACAUCCUCAAAGGAGAAUAUCACAGAAGAUGAUUCAGAGAAUGGUGCUGACCAAGUUAGUCAGAAUGAUAAGUAAUCAUCCAUGAAAAGUAAUCAAACAUUUAGCAUUUUGUUUUCCAUAUACAAAGAUUGCAUAGGUGCAUCAUAGCCAUUAUUACCUCUUGGUGUAGACAUUUCCCUCCAAUUUUAACCUUACUUCAAAGUACCUACCCAAUGAUAACAUAGUCCCCUGUUGUUUUUCAUCACCCUUUCAACAUUAAUUUAAUCAAUCAAAUACAUUCUUUGGAUUAACUCAUUCCAGUUCAAGUGCUCAAUUUCACUUCCUCAGCCUCAAACAUACUGAUAUUACCACCCGUUUCUCGUCCAAAUGCAUGCAUUUUUUUCAUUACCUAAGUGUUGUUUUACAUCCAGUCUCAACACUCCUUAACCAGAUCUCCCUAAACCAAUGUCUGCUGCCAACGAGACCAUGCCUAUGCUAGUUAAAGAGACAAACUAUAUUGAAUGCAUAUUACUUUAUAUCCUCAAUCUCUUUGGCCUAUUUAACACCAUUGGCACUCCAUCUUCUCCCAAUGCUUCUAAUCUGCAGCCUACACCACAGGGCUGUUGCAGAAUCUAAUCUCUCUGAAUAAUAGCCAGCUUGCCAACGUCACAUCCUCCUCUGUUCACGUGAUCACUCCAGUUGCUGUCUUUCAUUACCAUCUACAAUUUAAGAGCAAAGUUAGUUUCCACAACCUUUUAUGCCUUUUCGUGUUUUGAACCAACAGCUGUUCGAUUUGAAAUUGCCAUUGGGUUAUUAAUCAGGCCCAAGCUACCCCCAGCAGAUUUUCUUUCACCCCCUGAAAUCACAAUAUGCCUCUGGCCUCACUACUUUUAAACUCCUCCCCAAGAUCUCGGACUGA